AUGCAACAGCAGCAGCAGUCAGUGGGCGGAGAGGUCGAAGGAGAGCGGGUAGCAGCGGGAUCGGGGAGAGACGGCGCAGAGGAAGGGGGUGAGUUCCCCGCGGAACUUGCGCGGAGGCUCCGCGACUUGCAUCAGGAGCAUAUCGAGGCGCAAUGGCGGGAGCUGAAUAGCGCGGAGGAGCGCGCGCGCCUGGUGCAGGCUGUGGAGGCAGUGGACGUGGAGAGAGCAGUGCGUGUGUUCGAGGCGUCAACCCACUCCUCACACAAUGCGCCUUCGGCGCCCCUGCAGGUGCAGCCAGUGCGGAACGUGUGUGCACUGGAGGGGCGAUCGGGUGCAAGCGCGCAGCAGUGGAGGGAGCAGGGCCUGGCAGCCAUCACCCAGGGCCGACUCGCCGUGCUGCUGCUGGCCGGCGGACAGGGAACAAGACUGGGAAGCUCCGCACCAAAGGGCUGCUAUGACAUUGGGCUGCCGUCGCACAAGUCGCUGUUCCAGCUCAUGGCAGAGCGCCUGCUGCGCAUGCAGAUGCUCGCUGUGGACGCUGCAGGUACAUCUGUCUCAUCGUCCGCGGCCGUGCACAUCCCAUGGCUCAUCAUGACGUCGCCAUUCACCCACCAGCCCAUCCUCGACUUCUUCUCCCUCCACAACUACUUCGGUCUCCUGCCCUCCCAGGUGCAUUUCUUCCAGCAGGGCUCUGUGCCGUGCUUCACCAUGGACGGCCGCAUCAUCCUUGAGACUCCCACCACGCUCUCCCAAGCGCCUGAUGGCAAUGGUGGCGUGUAUAACGCGCUGAAGGGCAGUGGUCUGCUGGACAGCAUGCAGGCGCAGGGCGUCACACACGUGGAGUGCUUCUCAGUCGACAAUGCCCUUAUCCGAGUGGCGGACCCUCUUUUCCUGGGCUACGUGCUGCACGAGUCUGCAGACUGCGCGGCUAAAGUGGUGCAGAAGGCCUACCCAGAGGAACGGGUGGGCGUGUUUGUGCGCACCAACCACGCACCACUGAAGCCCACACGGGCAAGCGAGCAGCGCUCUGUGACAGGGGAGAAUGGGGAGGAGGGGGAGGGAGAGGAGGAGGAGCUGGUGACAGCAGUGAUGGAGUAUAGUGAGCUGCCUCAAGGGAUGGGGACGUCUGUGGACGACGCAACAGGCAAACUUAAAUACAACUGGAGCAAUAUCUGCAUUCACAUGUUCUCUGUGGAGUUCCUACAAGCAGCCGCACAAGCUCUCGACCACCACUGCAUCCAUCAUCUGGCUGUGAAGCGCAUUCCGUCGGUGCACGGGGCAGUGCAGGGGGUGAAGCUGGAGCAGUUCAUAUUCGACGUCUUCCCCCUCGCCUCCACCCUCGCUCUCCUCGAGGUUGCCCGGGAGGAGGAGUUUUCGCCAGUCAAGAACGCCCCUGGUGCUGCUGCCGACUCACCAGACACAGCCCGACAGCACGUGCUGUGCCUGCACGCGCGAUGGGUCCGGGAGGCUGGCGGGCAGAUCGUAAGGAGGGGUGGAGUUGAUGGUGAAGGGGUUGAAGGGGGUGAGGAGGGGGAUGAGGGAGGGGAACAGAGGGAUGAGGGAGUGGAGGUGUCACCCCUUGUGUCGCAUUCUGGGGAGGGGUUGGAGGGUGUGUGUAAGGGAGUGUCAUUCGCUUUUGCCUCUCCGGCAUCCGCGUAUCCCGGCAUCCCCGCCUCUUCACCUUCUCCCGCCUCCCCUUUUUCCCGCCACCUCUCCCCAUCCGCCUCCUCCGCCACGGUCUCCGCCUCCCCUCCGCGCAUCUCGCGCAGGUUCGUGACGGACCACGCGUUCGAAAAGCCCAACGACGAGCGCGGGCUGCGGCUGAUGAACGCGGCCGCGACGGCGGUCAUGGCGCAGGUGCCGGACAUCGUGUUCGUGUAUGGCGUGAGCGACGAGUUCAGCUUUGUCGUUCGCCCAGACCUUCCAACAUUGCUCCCUCUUUAUCUGUCUUCCCCUCCCUUGUACCCUCCCUUCAAACACUGCUCGCUCCUCUCUGCCUGCCCAAACGCCUCACUUUCCCUGCACCUCUCCCCACCCAUCUCUUUUCCCUCCGCCCCUCUCUCCACGUGUCCCUUGCUCCGCCUGCCAGAGCAGCAAGCUGAUAUCAGUGGUGGUGUCUCUAUUCGCAGCCUCCUUUGUCCACCAGUGGCCCAACCACUUUCCAUCACAGCCGCUGCUCGCGCCACCGUCCUUUGA